AUGAAGUACUCAUUCGCUGCCGCCGCUCUCGCCCUGGCCACUGGCGUCGUCGCCAAGCCGCAAAUCACAAACUCGGCCGCGAUUAACCCCCAGGAGGGCAAGCCCUUCACGCUCGAGCUCUCUGGCUGCACCGGCGGCUGCACCGUGUACCUGAUGCAGGGUGCCAAGGACAGGCAGGUUCCCGUCAAGGUCCUCGACUCGUCCGCCACCAGCUCCGCCAGUAUCACCCUCAGCGACGUUGGCUCCGGCAGCUACAGCCUCCGCGUCUCCGACAACUCCGUUCCCGCAACCGCCGCUGACGACAACGCCAACAACGACUACACCGGCAUCUUCCAGUACUCCGGCACUGGCCCUACUUCGUUCCCGCCUCUGUCCGGCUCGGCCACGGCCACGGCCACGGCCACCUCGAGCAGCGCCAGCGCUUCCUCCUCUAGCGCCAGCAGCGCCGAUUCGUCAUCUUCUUCGGCCACCACCACCGACUCUUCCUCUUCCUCCUCUUCUUCCGCUUCGUCUGCCUCCUCCACGUCGUCGGCCACGUCCGCCUCGUCGUCUUCGUCGGCCUCCAGCUCCUCCAGCGCUUCCAGCAGGAGCUCCUCUACCAGCUCCAGCAGAACCGCGAGCAGCGCCACUUCCACCCCCACCAGCACCACGCCUCCCAGCGCCGGUAACAUGGUUGCCCUCUCGCCCCUUGGCCUGAUUGGUGCCGCCGCCGCUGCCCUCUUCCUGUAG